CUCAUCUUUUCAACUCACGCCCAACACAACACACCAUCUCCUAGCUCCUUUCUAACGAGUUUCUAUUACUAUUAGAGCAUUGUUUUCUUCUCUCUCUCUCUCUCUCUCUCUCUCUCUCUCUCUCUUACACACCAAACUCCUGUUGCUGUUUUCUCCUUCCCAAAACAGACACACACCCCAACAAGGUUGUUGUUAGCCAUCACAACCAUGCCUGAGGCACCGAGAGACUACAACCUUUUGGAGCAAAACAAGAAAACCCUCGAGUUCAUUGAGGAUGUCACUGCCAACGCAGACCAAGUUCAGAAGAGGGUCCUCUCCGAAAUCCUCUCCAACAAUGCAAACGUUGAGUACCUCAAGAGACACGGCCUCCAUGGCCAAACCGACCGCGAAACCUUCAAGAAACUCUUGCCUGUCAUAACCUACGAGGACAUCCAACCCGACAUCAACCGCAUCGCCAAUGGCGAUACUUCUCCAAUCCUUUGCUCCAAACCCAUUUCAGAAUUCCUCACUAGUUCUGGGACAUCAGGAGGUGAGAGGAAGCUGAUGCCAACAAUUGAAGAAGAGCUAGGUAGAAGGAGUUUGCUGUAUAGCCUUCUGAUGCCAGUGAUGAGCCAGUUUGUUCCUGGUUUAGAAAAGGGCAAAGGAAUGUACCUAAUGUUCAUUAAAUCCGAGGCCAAAACCCCCGGUGGAAUUGUGGCUCGUCCAGUUCUCACCAGCUACUACAAAAGCUCAUACUUCAAAGACAGACCCUACGACCCUUACACCAACUACACCAGCCCCAACGAGACCGUCCUCUGCCCGGACUCCUACCAGAGCAUGUACUCCCAACUCCUCUGCGGCCUUUGCCAGCACAAGGAGGUCCUCCGUGUCGGCGCCGUCUUCGCCUCCGGCUUCAUAAGGGCCAUCCGCUUCCUCGAGAAGCACUGGCCCUUACUUUGUCAUGAUAUCCGAACGGGUACCAUUGACAAUACGGUCACGGACCUGUCGGUCCGUGACGCUGUGAUGAAGAUCCUCAAGCCUGACGCCAGGCUUGCGGAUCUCAUCCAGAGUGAGUGUGGGAAGAGCUCCUGGCAGGGAAUCAUCACCAGGCUGUGGCCCAACACUAAGUAUGUGGAUGUGAUUGUGACUGGGACAAUGUCACAGUACAUCCCCACGUUGGACUACUACAGCAAUGGACUCCCACUUGUGUGCACCAUGUAUGCGUCUAGUGAGUGCUACUUUGGUGUCAAUCUUAACCCUCUUUGCAAACCUAGUGAGGUCUCUUACACCCUCAUUCCCACCAUGUGCUACUUCGAGUUCUUGCCUGUUAAUAGAAGCAAUGGGGUGUCCCAUGACAAUCUCCACACCCCUAGAUCCCUCAAUGAGAAGGAACAGAAGGAGCUCGUUGAGCUUGUUGAUGUCAAACUUGGCCAAGAAUAUGAACUUGUGGUCACAACUUAUGCUGGUUUGUAUCGUUACAGAGUUGGUGAUGUGCUGAGGGUGGCUGGAUUCAAGAACAAGGCACCCCAAUUCAACUUUGUGUGCAGAAAGAACGUGGUGUUGAGCAUAGACUCAGACAAGACCGAUGAGGUUGAGCUCCAGAACGCAAUGAAGAAUGCCGUGACACACUUGGUGCCCUUUGAUGCAUCAGUGUCCGAGUACACCAGCUAUGCAGACACCACAACAAUCCCUGGCCACUAUGUCUUGUACUGGGAACUCUCCCUGAAAGGCUCAACCCCAAUUCCACCAUGUGUUUUUGAGGAUUGUUGCUUAACCAUAGAGGAAUCACUGAACAGUGUGUAUCGCCAAGGUCGAGUUUCGGACAAAUCGAUCGGGCCACUUGAGAUCAAGAUUGUGGAACAGGGGACUUUUGAUAAGCUCAUGGACUAUGCCAUAAGCUUAGGUGCUUCAAUAAAUCAGUACAAGACUCCAAGGUGUGUGAAGUUUGCACCUGUGCUGGAGCUCUUGAACUCAAGGGUGGUGGAGAAGUAUUUUAGUCCAAAAUGUCCAAAAUGGGUUCCGGGACACAAGCAGUGGAUCAACCAGAAUUCAUCAUGAAUCUAAAGGUUGGCAUUAUUAUGUGGUUGGUAGCUUUUCAUGGCGGUUCACGUGAACUGUUUUUUGUGGACAUGUUAGGAGGGGGGUGAAGGGAGGAGAGGGAUUUUAAUUACUCUUUUCUUUUUCUUUUUUUUUUUAAUUUUCUUUUAGGUUAAUUCCAUGUGUUAAAAAGACUUUGAUUUUAGUCCCUUGUUUUUAACUUGCAUAGUGAUCUGAACCUAGCCACUGUAAAAAGCAAUUCCUGUUUGAAAGAAAGAAAGCUGUUGUUGUCUAAUGCC